AUGCUGAUUCCUUUAAAGGAGCUCAGCUCCGUGUUCACUUGCCCUCAGAAAUCAAAUAUAACUAUGGUAACAUGGAAAAUAAGUCCCAAGGUUGGAGGACCCUGCACCCUGGGAUACAGGGCUGAUCAGAACAAGACAGACAGAACAAACUGCAGUGACAGCAUGAACUGGAAAUUCAGACCAGAUCGGGAUCCUACCCUCGAGAUACGGCAAGUGAAAAUAGCCCAUGAGGGAAAUUACACCUGUGAAGUAGUAGCACCAGAAGGGAAUUUCCACGAGACACACCACCUGACUGUGCUGGUCCCUCCCAAGCCAACCCUGUCCUGUGAUGACCAAGGGAACCCCGUGUGCCAAGCAGCAGCAGGGAAACCGGCUGCCCAGAUCUCGUGGGUCCGAGAGAGCAACUCCACCCCCAAUGAAGAAGGCCAUGACGAUGGGACAGUGACUGUUUUGAGCAAGUUCACAGCACACAGCACCAAAGUGACUAAUGCAACCUGCAUUGUGUCCCACCCAGCUGGGAACUGGAGUGCGUCCAUAGCCUGUCCUCCACGCAGCAGCAACGGGAAGGUUAUCCUGUAUGUCUCCAUCAUUCUUUGUUUCCUGAGCAUUAUCAUCUUUGUGGCUGUCAUUUACUAUUUUAAGCUCCACCAUGACAGACUGUGCCACAAAACCAGACCUCCUGAGACUGCUCUUACACAUUCCCCACAGGAUGACACAAUGGAAGUGGAACCUUAUACUACUUAUGUGCAGAAGGAAAAUGCAAUUUACAACUCAGUGUCUGAUCUGACAGUGUGACAGAAUCUUCUACAAGGACUGUCGCCAGCAACAGGAGUGAUUCAACAACACUGGAAAGGGAGAAAGACACUUUAUAAAAGACUGGUUAUAGAAAGAAACUUCUUAGAGAAUUUCUUCAGACUUAGGGGCUACAUAGCUCUCUAGGUUUGUUCAAACACCUGUGAUCGCUGAUGAGACUGUAUAGUUCUUUUUUCCCCUGUUUUGCCUUCUUCCUUGGGAAAGGAAACAUGUUUUCUGUUAUUCCUUGGGAAAAUGUGACUGACCCCAUGCUGUAGUUUCUGCUGGAAAAGCUGGUGUGAUUAAUCUUCUCUUUGCUGUUCUUGCCUUGGAGAUUCUAGUUUUGUCAGUCACUUCUAGGCAUUACUUCAAUGCACUUGACACUAUAUUGCACACAUUUGGGAGAUGGGAGGAGUGUUAUGUCUGAACUAAAAUGAAACACUCUUCAAUCAACAGCCACUUUUUCUAAUUCACAAAUUACUAAGAUAGUGGUCUGAGUACUGAUCAUCACAGAAUAGGUCAAAUGGUGGAAUAUAUUGAUAUAAAAGACCUUUAAUCCUGCAGUUCUGAAAAUGGAAAUGAGUGAUGAAUUUAGAAGGUCAUCCACUAAAGAAGAGAACUUCACUAGGAUAGAAUCAUAGAAUACCAGGUUGGAAGGGACCUCAAGAAUCAUCUUGUCCAAACUCUCUUGGCAAAAGCCCAGUCUAGACAAGGUGGCCCAGCACCCCGUCCCACCAAAUCUUAAAAGUGUCCAGUGUUGGGGAAUUCACCACUUCCCUGGGGAGAUUAUUCUAAUGGCUGAUUAUUCUCACUGUGAAAAUUUUUCUCUUGUGUCCAAUUGGAAUCUCCCCAUGAGUAACUUGUACACAUUAGCCCUCAUCUUUUCCAUGUGACUCCUUUUAAAAAGGGAGUCUCCUUCAUCUUUGUAGCCAUCCUUUAAAUACUGGAACAUGGUGAUAAGAUCUACCCUAAACCUACUAUGCUAAGGCUGAACUAACCCAAUUGUCUCAGCCUUCCUCAUAUGGCAGCUUUCCCAGUCCUUUGAUCAUCUUUGUGGCCCUUCUCUGGACCCUCUCCAGUCUGUCCACAUCUUUUUUGCAUAGCGGGGACCAAAACUGAACACAGUAUUCCAGAUGUGACCUCACAAGUGCUGAGGAGAGUGGGAUAAUGACUUCUGUAUCUCUGCUGGUGAUGCCCGUGUUAAGGCAGCCCAGCACCCUGUUGGUUUGCUUUGCCAGAGCAGCUCACUGUUCACUCAUAUUGAGCUCGUUGUCCACCAGACCCCCAGGUCCCUUUCCACAGAGCUGCUCCCCAGCCGAGUAGAUCCCAGCCGAUGCUGCACUCCUGGAUUAUGUGUUCCCAGGUGCAAGACCUUACACUUGUCCUUGUUGAACUCCAUAAGGUUCUUGUUAGCCCUCUCUUCCAGCCUACCCAGGUCUUCCCACAGGGUGGCUCUCCCUUCCAAAGUACCCACUUAUCCACUUUCCCACUCAGUUUCUUAUCAUCAGCAAAAUUUAUCAGGGUACACUUGAUUCCAUCAUCCAGAUCAUUUAUGAAGAUAUUAAACGGCAUUGGGCCCAGUAUCAAUUCCUGGGGGACCCCACUUGUGACAGGUUACCAGUCUGAAAAGGAGUUAUUUAUCACUACCCUUUAAGUGUGGCCUGGCAGUCAGUUCCCCACCCACCACACUAUAACACAACAGUUUCUCUAGGAGGAGGCUGUGGGGAACCACAUCAAAAGCAUUGGAGAAAUCCAGGUAUAUGUGUCCACCAGUCACCCCACAUCAACCAAGCAAGUUACUUUGUCAUAGAAGGCAAUCAGGUUUGUCAAGCUCAAUUUGCCCUUGGCGAAUCCAUGCUGCCUUUUCCCAAUCAUGUGCUACAUUUGAUUUGUGAUAGUCCCCAGGAGGAUUCAUUCCAUAACUUUCCCACAGACUGAAGUAAAACUGAUUGGCCUAUAAUUUCCUGGAUCCUUCUUUAAGCUCUUCUGGUAGAUAUGGGUGAUAUUAGCCUUCUUUCAGUCUUCUGGGACAUCCCCUGAUCUCCACGACUUCUCGAAGAUUAUAGAGAGUGGCCUCAUAAUGACAUCAGCCAGCUCCCAUAACACCCUUGGAUGGAUAACAUCAGGGCUUAUUGAUGGGUAGGGGUCAGAUUCCUGUAAUAAUUCAUGAUAAAUUUAUUUGUUAAGUUCAUAUUCAGUAUUUUCACUAAAUGUGUUCAUUUUGUAUUUCAGAUUAUUGUUAUGGUUACUUUUCCAUAAGAUUCUCUGAAGAUAUGGUAUUCCUCACUUUCUUAAGAGUACUGGCAUUAAGACACUGUAAAAUAAUUGUUACUCAAAUUUGGCAAGCUAGUUGUUACAGAAGCAAACAUAAAAUAUUUCACAAAAUGAAACAAGUUAAAAUAUGUCUUCUAUCAUUGUGCAAUAUUGUACAAAAAGGAUAAAAUUUUUGCUAAUUUUAGUCAUAUUUAUUUUACUACCUAGAUGUUUUAUUGAUAUUUUUUAAAAUAUACUUGCAAGUUCACUUUUUGUAUGUAAAUUAGCUUAUACAUCCUAAUGUGUCUCAUGUUGAGGUGACUUCUCACUUUCCCAAAAUAUCCUUUGGGAAUAAGUCAAAUAAAUUUUCCUCUACAUACUA